AUGUCUAGUGCAGCCUUCGGUGUUACACAGAUUGUUCAACCUCCUUCGGCAUCUAUAUCCACGGCAACUUCAGCUGGUCCAAAUACUCCUGGUCAAAACGCCGCAACUAACACCACGAACAAUAGCAAUGCCACCAAAGAACCUGCAGCCCCACUCAAACCUGUCUGCCUCCCAGCUGGACGAUAUGAGUUUCGAGAUAAUGGAAUAUAUAUCGGAGAAUGGUUGGACGAGAAAGCAGUCGGUUUAGGAUUAAUCACAAAAGACAAAUCACAAGGCGAAUAUACCGGAUUAUGGGAUAAUGGUUCGGAGAAAUCGGGAGUUUUUCUCUGGCCCAACGCUCCAGGUGCUAUGUAUGAGGGAGAAUGGGCCAUGAAUAGGCGAAAUGGAUUUGGAGUGUUCAACAGGGAAGAUUGGGUGAUUAUGGGAAAAUUUGAAGAUGAUUUCAUUACUAUGGGAGUGAAGGGGAAGGAGAACGCCACAGGAAAAUUUGAAGGAAGAUUUGAGAAUGGAUUUCCGGCCUUUGGGGUUGAAACUUAUGGUGAUAAUGGCACAUACUGUGGAGAAUACAAGAAUGGAAUUCGUGAAGGUCUUGGCGUUCGACGAUCUAUAACCUAUGGUGAAGUACUAGAGCUCUACCCCGAAAUCAAGAAAGCCUCUAUUUCUAGUAAGUUGGAAGAUCUCCGAAAACGUGGAAAGCUACCAUAUCCGGUGAAUAUCAACUUAGGUCGUAGAAUGUCCCUUAGUCAAGGAUCAAUCGAUGUCCCUUGUGAUGAAGUCUGUAACAUUGACAACGUGUCAGAAAGUGGCGAAUGCCCUGAUGGUACACCAAUUGAUCCUGAACCCUAUACAGCUCCAAAAGAUAACAACGAUCUUCUUGAUGGUACAAUAACUCACAGGCAUCAGCUUGCAACAUACCGUCUUAUGGUCACUCAGCGUUGUGGUUUCAUGCUUUCUUCCAAAAGAUCAGACUUAUUCAUUAAACGACUGAAUAAACUCAAACACCCUCGAACCAAUCCGUUUGGCUGUACAACUCCUGAAGUUUCUGCUAGGAAACGGACACAGUCCUUAUCGAUACUCUUUACAUAUCCUGAGGAGACCCUUCAAGCUCUGCCUACGGGAUGUGCGAAACAAAUGAAAGAUCUCUACAUGUCUUCUAAUUCACUACCAAAAGUUGUUCCGGCUGAAAAUGAUACGCUUGAACUAGAUUUAAUAGCCGAGGAUACACAGGAAGUGUAUGCAGGUGAAUGGUUCUCCGAUGCUCGUCAUGGAUAUGGCGUCUGUGAACGCACUGACGGCCUAGCCUACUACGGCCAAUGGUUCAAAAAUCAACGACAUGGAUAUGGUCACACGCGAUUUCCUGAUGGCACUUUUGAGCAGGGUAAAUAUCACAAUGGAAAACUGGUAUACUUAGCCCUCUCUGCUGGAAAUAAACCCCAUAUGGUACUUUAUAACCGACAUGUGAUGCAGGAAGUCCACAAGACUGUUCAGAAGGCAAUGUUGAUUGGAGAACAGGCUCAGAAGAAGGCUAUUGAAGCGAGAGAGCAAGUCAGCAUGAAAGUCUUGGAUUACAUCGAAAAGGCAAAAGUUGCCGCAAACUGCGCUCGGGAGUUUUCGCUUGAAGCUCGAGAACUUGUUCAGGAGAUGUAUCCAGAUUUCGAGCAGCCGGGGAUCAAAUACCUAGAGGACAUUGUUCGCAUGAUGCGAGUCACCCGACAAGGAAGUCCGACAUUUGAAGCCGCAUUACAAUCAGCCAAAGAUGUUAUUGCUGGAAUUGUGCGUGGAUUAACCAAAGGUGAUAUUGACGAAGAAGAAGAGGAUGCUGCAACUCAACCAGAAGAGGACUUAACUCUCCCGCCAAAGUUCUCUUCUCAACUUAAAGAGCUUCAAGAAAAAAAGAUGAUGGUUUCACGAGCGGGUUCAGUUCGUGCUCAGAGGCGAGCGAGAGCUGCUAAAAUGGCUGAGGAAUUGAGAAGACGGGAGCGCUUGUUAAUGGGUGAAGACCCAAAAGCCGUAAUGGCUGCCACCACUGCUGCUGAAGAAAAGCGUCAAAAGGAAGAGGAAGCCCGAAAAGCUGAAGCAGCUAAAAGGAAAGCAGCGAUUUCAGUUUCAAGCACAGCAAGUCAGUCUGGAACUGGUGGAGCAACAAAUGAAAGCCGAAUCAGUGCAGAGAGGGCUGAUCGGUGGACUGUGGAGAUGCUUCCAUCUGAUCUAGCUGCGGAAGGUGGGCGCAGACAAAAAGCACCACUAAAUCCCACUGGAAAAUCGAAUACAUCACCAGGCGGAUUUCUGCAUGUGCCGGGUGCGAAGCGGAACUUCCCGACGAGAAAAAAGAAGAAUGAUACUGGAGGGGAUGAAUCUGAUGGAUCCUAUGUUGAAAUUCCGGACAUGAACGAACUGGAACAUCAAUAUGAGAUUCCUUCUUGCGCAUUAACCAAGCUGCUGUCCAAUCCCACGCUUUUCAGCAACCAUUUCGACUACUACUCCACACUUACCCCACCAAUCACCGCAAAGGCCACUUCAUCCACUGGCUUGCAUCAAGCCCGCCAAACACGUCCCGAAAUCCUAGUCCAACCGGAUAAAUUAGUGCCUGCGGAAGUUGAACAAGCGCCAAGCCAAGAAGAUGUAGUCUCUCCUACGGACAGUGAAUAUGGCUUCUUUUCAAGGCUCUUUUUCUGGUCCUCAAAUAAAAAUGAGGAGCCAACCAAAGAUCGAGGAAACCAAGUUGCCUCCUACCCAUUUGAAAAUGGAUUCCCAUCAAACUCCACCUCCGUUGCAUCAUUUGGCCAACUGAUGUCUGAAACGCCAAUCCAACCCGACCGCAACCAAGGUCAGCUCAUUCCCUCAACAGACAGCAGUCACUCGCUACAACAAGUUUCCGAUAUUUUCAUUAAAAUCUCUCGAUGA